AAAAGGCACACAAGGAAGCAGAGGACAUCAGGAGGCUUCCUGCUUGCAGUCGACUGCGAAAAGGCCGGAAAUUAAGAUUGAACGUUAGCGCUCUUUGAUUCAGUGAGUUGCCCUUUUUCCCCCCACUACCCAAAUGUCGAAGAACGUGAUGUCCGCCCGCUUCCGGGGAGUGGACGUGGAUGAGUACGACGAGAACAAAUUUGUGGACGAGGAGGACGGAGGGGAGAACCAGCUGGGUCCCGACGAGGCGGAGGUGGACUCCCUCAUCAGACAAGGAGACAACAUGGCAGCUCUUCACGCCGUCCUUAAGAACCCACCCAUCAACACCAAGAACCAGAACGUCAAGGACCGGGCUGAGAGCUUGGUGCUGAAGGUCCUCAGCGCCUUUAAGAGCAGCGACAUCGAGAAAGGAGUUCAGUCUCUGGACAAGAACGGCGUGGACCUGCUUAUGAAAUACAUCUACAAAGGCUUUGAGAGGCCAUCGGAAAACAGCAGCGCUGUCCUCUUGCAGUGGCAUGAAAAGGCGCUGGCCGCCGGAGGAGUGGGCAGCAUUGUGCGGGUGCUGACAGCCAGGAAGACGGUCUAAAUGUGGAGCACGUUUGACAGACACACACACAAUGUAUCAGAUGGCGUAUGGACUAUAAGGAAAAUCAGAUGAGUGAAGAUGGUGGGAUUGUGUCAGAUCAAAUUGCUAAUCUUAUCUGGGUCACACUAGGUUCUAAAAUCAUUUGGCACGUUUAUCCUCGUGCUCAAAAUCAUGUUCGUCACUAAGUGCAUACACAUCCCAGCUGUUUCUGUUUCUAGGAGCUCUUCAACUAGGACUAAUGACCUUAAGAGUAGUUAUUUUUCAUUUUUAAACAGGAAUGUUUGUGUUCAACCACCUCAUGACCAAAUCCCAACAUUUUUUAAAUGAUUUCGGGCUAAAUCAGGAUUCUUGCUCAAUAGGAGAGACAAAUAAUGGUUGAUACAUAUUUGGUCUGUGUGUUUAUGCACAGAAACUAAUUGUUGAUUUAAAAAAUAUAAUUGGGGCAUUGACUCCAGGAUUUCCGUACCUGUCUUUUGUAUAUUUUGUGUGUUCUGUAUCUAAGUUCAAAUAUAAGGCACAUUGAUAUCAUUAUUUAUCCCAAACAUUUUGUAUAACCAGGGGAAACCUGUUAAGGUUUUGUCUGCCUUACGAGGUAGCUCAUCUGUUGCCAAAUGAAACAAUUAGAUUACAUGUCAGUUUACAUGACUUAGAUGUCCUUGUGUAGUAGUAAACAAAAUGACGUCAACAGAAAAGACAACUGUAAGAGCAGCAACCCUUUUUAGAGACAAUACUGUAACUCAUUCCCUCAGCAGUUUUUGAUUUCUCUGCUUAUUUCGAAUCACUAAUAUGUGAAGUUUCCUCAUUGUUCCACCAAAGCUUCACUACAGUUGACAUUAUUUUCAUUCUUGGAAAUGGAAUCAUUAUGCUUCAAGCUUGUCAUCAGUGGUUACGCAUUCCAACAUGCUAGAUGUAUUUUCUAAUGCAGUAUAAGGCUGUUUUGACAUGAUGAGAAGAACUAUGUGAUUGUCUUCUGCGUCAUGUAUUUCUAGUCAAAGGGCGAGGCGUUAAGGAAACAAACCAAACUGAUGUACAAAAAAACUGCCUUACGAAAUAUUCCUUUUUUAUGUUUGUGCUUUUUUUGACAAAAAAAUAAAUAGUAUCAAUGCUGGUUGAAA